AUCACUGAUGCUGAUAGCUAGAGACAUUCGGCCUAGCAGCCAUAGACAUUUGCCUUCGUGAGAAGUGAUUGCAUCAAAGAAGCUCGUGUUACGAGUGCUGAAUUCGUUCGGGACUGGACUCGUCGUGUGCCAGGGACUGUUCGAGACUAGAAGCAGUGAGAUUGUGCCGUGAGUGAUUUCAAUAUUGCCUCAGUAUCGUCGGAAGGACCUGUUAAUUGGUGAAGGAGGAUGGCAUCUGUUAAAGAUCUGCUCAUGGACUCACUGAAGGAGCUGGUAGAUAAAGAACUGGAGGAGUUUCAGUGGCACUUACAGAAAGAUCACAAGGGUAUAGCAAAGUCUGAAGUGGAGAAUGCAAAUAGGUCAAAAACAGUGGAUAAGAUGGUGGCGUGUUUUGGAUCAGAAGAAGCUGUGAAGAUCACGGUCGGCAUCCUGAGGAAGAUCAAUCAGAAUGAGCUGGCUGAACAGUUAGAGAACAAACACAAGGAAGUGAGCAUUUCUCUCAUGGCUCAGGCUGACGGCAAUACGAACACAUCUGUCCCUUAUGGAGCUAAUUCAGAGCUGCAAAACUUCUUGAAAACUCACAAAAACAACAUGAAGAAGAAAGCAAAAUAUAUUUUUGAGGGCAACCAAGAAAAUGACACAGAUCUCAAGGCUGUUUACACAAAACUGUUCAUCACAGAGGGAGAUAUGAAAGAUGUCAAUCAGGAACAUGAGAUUCAACAGAUUGAUGAUGCUUUCAAGAAAAGAAAAACACAGGACAAACCAAUCAAAUGCAAUGAUAUAUUUACUGAACUGAGGAAAAAUAAUGAAGAGAAGAUUGUGCUGACCAAGGGAGUCGCUGGCAUUGGAAAAACUGUCUCUGUGCACAAGUUCAUCCUGGACUGGGCAGAAGGAAACACCAAUCAGGAUAUAAACUGUGUGUUCCUGCUUCCAUUCAGAGAGAUCAACAUGAUUAAAGACAGAGAGGUCAAUCUCCAUGAGUUUCUGCUGAAAUUUUAUCCUGAAUUGAAGAACCUGGAGAAAUCAAAGCUAUAUGAGGAAUAUAAGCUAGUAUUUAUAUUUGAUGGACUUGAUGAGAGUCAAUUGCCAUUGAACUUUAGCAGUGAAACACUGAUCACUGUUGAGGAAAGAGCAUCUGUGGAUGUACUGUUUACAAAUCUGGUCAAAGGGACUCUGCUUCUAUCAGCUCUCGUCUGGGUGACAUCACGACCAGCAGCGGCCAAUCAGAUCCCUCGUCGGUAUGUGGGUUUGUUCACAGAGGUGCGAGGAUUCACUGAUGAACAGAAAGAGCAGUACUUCAGAAAGAGAAUCAAAGAUCCGAGUAUGGCCUCUAAAAUCAUCUCACACAUUAAAACGUCUCGUAGUCUCUACAUCAUGUGUCACAUUCCUGUGUUCUGCUGGAUCACGGCCACAGUACUUCAAGAUAUUCUCAUUGGGAACAAUGCAGAGAACAUCAGCACAACACUGACUGAAAUGUACACUCACUUCUUGCUGAUACAGAUGAACAUGAAGAGCCAGAAGUACGAUGGAAAAGAACAAAGACAAUGUGCAAAGCUCUUACAUUCAAAUAGAAAAAUGAUUCUGAAAUUAGCCAAGCUAGCAUUUGAACAGCUAAAGAAGGAAAGAAUUGUGUUCUAUGAGGAAGAUCUGAAAGAAUGUGGUAUUGAAGUGAGUAAAGGCACUGAGUUCACAGGAAUGAUUGCUGAGAUCUUUAAGAAGGAAAAUGGACUUUAUGAGACAAAGGUCUUCUGCUUUGUGCAUCUGAGUGUUCAAGAGUUCCUCGCUGCAGUGCAUGUGUUCCUCUGUUACCUGAACAAGAACAAUCGAGAGCUUCAGUUUUUCUUUGAAGAUUCACAAACUACAGCCAGACAAAAAUUUCAUGACUUAACAAAGAGGGCCAUUGAUAAAGCAAUGCAGAGUAAGAGAGGACAUCUGGACCUGUUUCUGCGGUUUCUGAUGGGAAUUUCACUGGAAUCCAGUCAAAAUCUGCUUAAAGGCCUGAUCACACACACUAAAGAUACAAGUGUGAGCAUCAAGAAAUUAAGUGCACACAUUAAAGAAUUACAAAAAGAGGACAUCUCAGAUGAAACUUCAGUCAACCUAUUUUACUGCUUACUUGAGCUCAAAGAUCAUUCAUUAUAUGAGGAAAUAAAGAGCUACCUCAAUUCAGAUGCACAUCCAGUAAGAGAUCUCUCAUCUUCAAUGUGCACAGUGCUGACCUACAUACUGCUGAUGUCAGAGAAGGUGCUGGAUGACUUCAACCCAAAGAGAUUCACCUCAUCAUCUUCAAAUUUCAAGAGACUCAUCCCAGCUUUGAGAUGCUGCAGAAAAGCACUAUUUGAUGGCUGUGGUCUUGAUGAAACAUGCUGUGAAACUGUGUCUUCAGCUCUACAACUGUCAAACUCCCAUCUGACAGAGCUGGACCUGAGUAGCAAUGACCUGCAGGAUUCAGGAGUGAAGCUGAUUUAUGAUGGAGUGAAGAGUCCACACUGUCGACUGAACAUACUGAGGCUGUGUGGGUGUCAUCUUACUGGUCGGUCCUGUGAAAGUUUAUCUUCAGCUCUACAAUCCUCAAACUCUGUCCUGAGAGAGCUGGAUCUGAGUAACAAUGACCUGCAGGAUUCUGGAGUGAAGCUUCUUUCUGAAGGACUAAGGAGUCUAAACUGUCAGCUGAAGAUACUGAGAUUUUCCAUAUGUAAUCUCACUUCUCAUUCUUGUGAGAGUUUGUCAUCAGUUUUACAAUCCUCAAACUCUGUCCUGAGAGAGCUGGACCUGAGUAACAAUGACCUGCAAGAUUCAGGAGUGAAGAUUCUUUCUGAUGGACUGAAGAAUCAAAACUGUCAGCUGGAGAUUCUGAGGUUGUCUGGCUGUAUGGUGACAGAGGAAGGCUGUUGUUAUGUGUCUUCAGCUCUGAGUUCAAACCCCUCACACCUGAGAGAGCUGGAUCUGAGCUACAAUCACCCAGGAGAUUCAGGAGUCAAGCUGCUCUCUGAAAAACUGGAGGAUCCAAACUACUCAUUGGAAAAACUCAAUGUGGAUCAUGGAGGAGAAUCCAUGAUUACAGCAGGACUAAAAAAAUAUGCCUGUUUUCUCACACUGGAUCCAAACACAGCAAACACUGAACUCAGUCUGUUUGGGGAGAACAGAAUUGUGAGAGGUAUGAGAGAGAAACAGUCGUAUCCUGAUCAUCCAGACAGAUUUGAUCAGUGGGAGCAGGUGUUGUGUAGAGAGAGUGUGUGUGGACGCUGUUACUGGGAGAUUGAGUGGGUUGGAGGUAAUGAAGUGUAUAUAUCAGUGUCAUAUAAGAGCAUCAGCAGGAAGGGACUGCGUUUUGAGUGUAAGUUUGGAUGUAAUGAUCAGUCCUGGAGUUUGAUCUGCUCUCCGGCGUAUUAUUCAUUCAUACACAAUAAGAUACAGACUGAUUUCCUUGUAGAGCCCUACAAAGGCAAUGGUCGAACAGGAGUGUUUGUGGAUCACAGAGCAGGAACUCUGUCCUUCUACAGCGUCUCUGACUCAAUGACACAUAUCCACACAGUCCAGACCACAUUCACUCAGCCGCUCUAUCCUGGGUUUACUGUUGGUUAUAAUUCAUAUGUACAACUGUGUUGAUGAAUCAGAAUAGACUGAUAAGAGAUUCUACCCAUAAUGUUUUGAGCUGCAUGAAGAAUCAGUAACAGUGAGAUAUUAUGAGUCUCUUCAUGACAUUAAUACUGAAGCUCAACUUCUGUCACUGAAAUAUCAGAUAAAACAGAACAAAUAAAUACUCAUAAAGGCAGUAAGAUCAGUGUGUGUGUCUUGCUGAGUGAUGAUGUGUAUCUGUGAUUUUCUCAACCUACAUUUGUGUUUUUAUUAUAGUGUCACAUCAAUCAUUUGUAUUCAUCAAAAUUACCUUUCAAUUGAAAUGUAUCUUUCACAAACAUGUAAUUCUCUCUGUUUUUGUACAGAAAUAAUAAAACACAAUGACAAAUCAA